GUAUAUCCCGUUCGGCAGCACCACCGAUCACACCACUUUUAUCGAUUGUUAUUUUGUGCCUCUUUUUCUCACUUUUUCUUCCUAAAUAACUACUUAUUACAAAGUCUGUGGGUGAAUACUCGUUUAUGCAAGAAUCUAAGUGGUUGAUGGUGCCAUUGGUGGUAUAUUUUUGGCUAUUUUCAUGGUUGUAAGUGGGUAAUGAUCGUUUCUACUCUGACCGCACAUCAGAUCAGCGGAUACAUCACUACUUUCUGGUUUUUCACGAACAAGAAAUAAUGAUUCACCAGACAACAAGGACUUAUCUAGUGGGAGUGUAUUACGGACUGGAUCAGUACCAGAUGAGGAGAGUCUAAACCUUGAAACAACAAAUCUACAGUCAAAUACUACUAUGGAGAAGAAGGAUUCAAAUAAGGUUUCAAUUGAUAAAAAAUUUUCAGACAAGUCACCAGCCAUGGGCAGGCGUCAGACCAAGGAAUCACUCAAAGAAAUCAAGAAAACAUAUAGAUUAGAACAAAAGAAAAGGUCUAAAGAAUUAUCAAGUGCGUUGACUGACCCAUCAGUUACAAUAUUAUCAUCAUAUCUAAAGAUUCGUGGUUCUCUUAGAGGUUGGGCUCGAUACUGGUGUGUGGUUAGACCAGGCAUGUUGAUUAUAUAUAAAAGUGCUAAGCGUCGACAAUGGAUAGGUACAGUAUUAUUAAACUCUUGUGAGCUGAUAGAGAGACCAUCAAAGAAAGAGGGAUUUUGCUUCAAGCUUUACAACCCUUUGGAACACUAUAUAUGGGCAACAAAAGGACCUAAGGGGGAGCUAGCAGGGGCAAUUGUGCAACCAUUACCAAAGGACCAUCUUAUAAUGAGGGCUUUGACUGAAUCUGAUGGUAGGUGUUGGAUGGAUGCUAUAGAAGUUGGUCAACGACAAGGUUAUCAUCUACUUAGAGACUCAAAAGGAAUGGUAAGUGACCUGUACGGCAAGGAAGAGAGUAGAGAAGAGCCUACUGUCCCAGAAGAUGCAGAUGAUGGGGAAGACAGCAAUGAUGGCAUAGAAAAGUCUGAUUCAGAAGAUGAGAAGGAAGACAUUGUAGGACCUGAGAGACAAGAACCAGAAGAAGAAGAGCCAUUUGAAGAGACUGUGUAUGUAGAAGAGAAAGGAGAAGAAUACCUUGGGCAGGAGGGAGAAGCUACAGAAGAAAUAGAAGAUGACAAUAAAAGCAUUCUAUGGGCAUUAUUAAAACAGGUCAAGCCUGGUAUGGACCUUUCUAGAGUUACCCUACCUACCUUUAUAUUAGAACCAAGGUCCUUCCUAGACAAACUAUCAGAUUUCUACUACCAUUGCUACAUCUUGAAAAAGGCAGCAAGUGAAGAGUGUGCUUAUGAACGCAUGAAAGAAGUAGUGAGAUGGUAUCUUUCUGGGUUUUAUAAGAAACCAAAGGGUCUUAAGAAGCCUUAUAACCCUAUCAUUGGUGAAACAUUCCGUUGUUACUGGAAAAACCCAUCUGGUACAAAGACUUUCUUUGUUUCUGAACAAGUAUCCCAUCAUCCUCCUGUGUCAGCAUUCUAUGUUUCUAACCGUCGUGAUGGUUAUGUAUUCAAUGGGUCUAUCUUGGCCAAGUCCAAAUUCUAUGGUAACUCUACAUCAGCCAUCUUAGAUGGUACUGCUACUCUGACUCUAUUGAAAUAUGGAGAAGAAUACUUGAUGACCAUGCCAUAUGCCCACUGUAAAGGUAUUUUGAUUGGUACUUUAACCUUUGAGCUUGGUGGCACAGUGACUAUUAACUGUGAGAAGACUGGGUACAAGGCAGAAAUAGAAUUCAAAUUAAAGCCAUUCUGGAAAAAGAGUGGUGAGUCUAACUAUAUAGCUGGUAAAAUCAAGAUGGGAAAUCAAACGUUGUGUAAAAUUGAAGGCAAAUGGGAUGGAGAGAUUAUUAUUGAAGAUUUGAAGUCCUCUAACUUAUCUGAGGAGGAUGUUUUACCUGAUCUGUUUUGGGAGCCUACACCUGAUGUCAAAGCUCAGCGUCUUAAGCGCCAUUUAGUAGACUUUGACAAACAGAAAGACAAUGAGUCCGAAAAGCAAUGGAUCCAUGUAAGCAAUGCUAUUAGAGCCAGUGAUCAGGAAAAGGCAACAGUAGAGAAGUUUUAUCUGGAGGAAGCUCAGCGUAAAGGUCACAGGGAACGUAAAGAGAAAGGCGUGUCAUGGGUACCCAAACUAUUUGAACAACCACCAGAUGCAGAUGGAUGUAUCAACCGAUGGGUUUACAAGUACACUGAUGUUCGUCAGUGGGACAAUAUGACAGAUCUACAGGAAUACGAGCAUGACGGUAUUAUCAAGACCCGGUACCGUCUAAAAGCCCCUAUGAUCCGUACUACUAGUAUACUAAGUGUUAAUACACCCGGUGCUUCAAAGAAGUCUUCCAAGAGAAAACGACCUUCAUCGGGUAGAUCCCGGUUGGGCGUGGCAAAGGGAUCUCGUAGAAACUCAGCCGACCAUUCAGGGGCGUCGACUCCUGACUUGGAAGGUAAUGCAAGCAGUAUAGAAGACGAUUAUGAUGAUGUUAGCAUCAAGGAAGGAGUAGACCAAGCCACACUGGAAAAGACCAUCCAACCACUAAAAGACCUUCAAAAAGAAUGUGUCCAGCAAAUGCGAGCUAUCCGUAACGACCUCAGAAAGCAUUAUAGUUCACAUCAGGACGAAAUAGCUUCUUUACAAUUUAAGGAUUGGGUUGUGAUUUCUUUUCUUAUUAUAUUCCAAGCUAUUUUUCAGUGGUAUAUGAGGUAACCAUGGUUGCCGUUACCUGGUAACGCAAGGGUGAUACUCCUUGAUCCAUUCAGACAUAUAAUGCAAUUUUUUACAAAUUCUUAUUAAUUAUGGAGAGGUGGUGAGGCAUGUUGCUAAUAACAAUGCCUUGAAUUUAACAAUUAAAUUGGCUUAAUUUGAAAACUUACGUCGCGGCGGCUGAUGGUGGCAGCUAAUAAAACAUUUUAUGAGAAAAGCAAAUUAAUUAAUUAAUUUUAUUGAUGUAGUAGAUAGUGACUUGCACUUUAAUGAAAUGGAUAACRAUAUAAGAAUAAAAUUUAUAAUUAUUAUACGAAAA